AUGGAAGAUCCAAACAAACCAGUAACAGGCUAUCCACCAGGCUACCACCAGGGGCAAUCUAGCUACAAUUCCAACGGCUACCCUCCGGCGCAGUCUAGCUACUCCGCCGCAUCCACCGCCACCGGCACAUCCUACCCGUACACCGCACCACUGCCAGCAGCUUACUACAACACCAAUCCAUACUAUACCCCGCCUUACGACCAACGGCGCACUACCUUCUUCCGCCGCUUUAUCGCCGCAAUUAUUGCCGUGUUCCUCAUCAUCGGCGCCAUCACUUUCAUCGUGUGGCUCGUUCUCCAUCCUCAUGUACCCGAGUUCCGAGUCGAUUCGGUCUCCGUUUCCUCUUUGAACAUCAACAAUUCUCAGGUCACCGGAAAUUGGGACGUCGGCUUCACUGUCAGGAACCCUAACAAGAAGAUGAGCGUUCACUACGACAACAUGUUUUCCACCUUGUUUUAUCGUAGGCAGUCCCUCUCUGAUACCUCCCUCCCCCCUUUGUCCCAGGGGAAGAAGAACGAGACCACGGUGCGGGCCAGGUUUGCGGCCUCGUCUGGUUACAUCGGCGAUGCUGCGAGUGCAUUGGCUUCGGACCGGUCAAGCGGGUCCGUAAGUUUCAAUGUUAAUAUCGGGGCUUGGGUUUGGUUCAAGGCCGGCGCCUGGCGGACGAGGAGGCAUCUUUUGAGGGUCUUCUGCGAAGACCUGAAGGUCGGGUUUUCCUCGAACACACAGACUGGGGUUUUGUCCGGCGGACCAAAGAACUGCGAAGUUGAUCUGUGA